AAAACGCUUAUCCAUCAUACAGUUUUUUUUCUUUUCUUUUUUUUUUUUUAACUUUCUCUCUAUUCUCUUUCAAUGACCUUUACAGAAACCUUUUAUGGUUAUAUUGAAACUACUACUGAUACAUUAUUAAUAUUUGAAGCUUGUAGACGAGGUAUCUUACCAAAAAUAUCUAGACGUUUACAAGAAAAGGAACGUAGUUCCAUUCGUUCAGGCACUAUAUUUGUGUUUGAUGAGAGGGAAAGUGGUAUAAAGCGAUGGACAGAUGGUUUGAUAUGGAGUCCUUCAAGAAUAUUAGGCAACUUUUUGAUAUACCGUGAAUUGGAUGGUCGUGAAAAUAUACCAAAACGCAUGGAUGUUUCUGACCGGGAUGGAUUUGAUUUGACAUUCCAAAAACAACAACCACCUUAUUCUCCUUAUGCGUCACAACAACCUUCUUGUGAACAAGCUGAUCGAUAUCGUGAACGUGCAUUGGUUGGAUCUUUGACAACAUCAUAUCGGUUUAAACCUAGUGGAUUGAUUAAGAAAACAAUGAGUAUCGUCGUCAAUGGAAACCAUCUACAUUUGAUUAGUUAUUACAACAAAAACGAUGUCAUCAAUAAUACUUUACCUACUCCAUCAACAACAGCUUCACUGGCUCACUUGCGUAUCUCCUCUGACAUGAUUCACCGUCAAAGUUUCCGUGUAUCACCCUUGUUGGAAUCACCUUUAUCUCAAAUUUAUCCUAUCAACACUAAUGAUGCUUCUAGUAGAGACACUCAGCAAGUCAAGUCUUUACCUUCACCUUCCUCUUCUCCUUGCUCUACAUCUCCUAAUGCUCUGGUGAAUCCUUCUUCUUAUCAUCCAUUAACGAAAUCUGUUCAUUGUAAGUGUAUGAUACUACUACUACUACUAGUGCAAUUGGACAACGGCGUCGACGUUCUUCUUCACCCAACUCUAUCAAUUUAAUUCAAUCCCGGAAAUUUGCAAAGAUUCAAACUGAUGAUGGAUCUGUUCGAUCAAGUAGUUCUUCUCUAUCAAGUCCUCAUGAUCAACUCACCUAUGGAACUACUCAA